CCCAGCUUGCGCCGCCCCCACCCGGUCCCGGCCCCGGCCCCGGCGGAAUCCCAUCUCGCCCAUUCCCGUUCUCCUCCAGGUCUGACCCUUUACCUGGCCGUGGUACGCAACACCAGGCCCCCAAGCCUGAGUUCUCUCCUGCAGCUCGGGCUCUCCUUCACUUUAGAGAUGUUCAGCCUCUUUGCUCCUAACCAGCCCGCUUUCAAAACCAGUACUCUUGGAGCGGCGCCUGACCGCCUUUGCCUCUACUAGGACUCUACUUUAGCCCACCUCUUCCUUAGAUCUAACCCCCUGGGUUAGAGACUGUUCACUUUCCUUCCAGAUGAAUCUUUGACUCCCUGGAACAUUGACAACCUUGACAGCGCCCUCAACUUAGGAGCCAGCCUUUCCUUUUGGACUAGCCUCCAUAGCUCCAUCAUGGAGGCUGUGUACCUGGUAUUGAACGGGGUGGGCCUGGUGCUGGACAUGCUGACCUUUGUGUUGGAUCUCAACUUCCUCCUGGUGUCCUCCCUUCUGGCUUCCCUGGCCUGGCUCCUGGCUUUCAUCUACAACCUGCCGCACACAGUACUGACUAGUCUUCUGCACUUGGGCCGUGGUGUUGUGCUUUCACUGCUGGCUUUGAUUGAAGCUUUGGUAAGGCUCACCUUUGGAGGCUUGCAGGCCUUGUGUACCCUGCUGUACAGCUGCUACUCCGGCCUGGAGAGCCUAAAGCUCCUGGGGCACUUGGCCUCCCAUGGGGCUCUGCGGAGCCGUGAGAUCCUGCACCGGGGUGUCCUCAAUGUGGUGUCCUGUGGACAUGCUUUGCUGCGCCAGGCCUGUGACAUCUGUGCUAUUGCCAUGAGCCUGGUGGCCUACGUGAUCAACAGUCUGGUCAACAUCUGCCUCAUUGGCACUCAGAACCUUUUCUCCCUGGUGCUGGCCCUGUGGGACGUGGUGAUGGGACCUCUGUGGAGGAUGACGGACAUUGUGGCUGCCUUCUUAGCCCACAUUUCCAGCAGUGCUGUGGCCAUGGCCAUCCUCCUUUGGACCCCCUGCCAGCUAGUACUGGAGUUGUUGGCCUCAGCUGCCCGCCUCCUGGCUAGCUUUGUGCUUGUCAAUCUCACUGGCCUGGCUUUGCUGGCUUGCGUGCUGGCAGUGAUGGUGACUGUGCUUCACCCGGACCUCACACUGAGGCUGGCCACCCGAGCGCUCAGUCAGCUCCAUGCCAGGCCGUCCUAUCACCGGCUCCGAGAGGAUGUUGUUCGGCUCUCUCGCCUAGCACUGGGAUUAGAAGCCUGGCGCCGAGUCUGGAGUCGGAGCCUCCAGCUGGCAAGCUGGCCAAACCGAGGUGGGGCACCUGGAGCCCCCCAAGGUGGCCCUAGGAGGGUGUUCUUGGCCAGGGUCCCAGGACAAGACAUCCUUCCUGAAGGAGCUCCCAGAUCAGAGGCAGAAGAAGAGGUGGUCAGGAUCAUCAGAGCAACACCUGCCCGGGGCCGGGAGAGGCUCAAUGAGGAGGAGGCUAUAGCUGGGCAAGACCCGUGGAAGUUGCUGAAAGAGCAAGAGGAGCGGAAGAAGUGUGUUAUCUGCCAGGACCAGAGCAAAACUGUGCUGCUCUUGCCCUGCCGACACCUGUGCCUGUGCCAGGCCUGCACUGAAAUCCUCAUGCGCCACCCCAUCUACCACCGCAACUGCCCACUCUGCCGCCGGGGUAUCCUGCAGACUCUCAAUGUCUACCUCUGAAGAUGCCCUCCCUGCCCACCACCCUCCAUGCUCUGCACAGGCGCCUGCGCUAGGACAGCAUCAACGCCUCACCUCUGGUCCUGUCCUGAAUCGCCUUUUACCCCCAUGGCUUCUUGCCAGGCCUCAAGCCAUAUAUCCAGGACUUGCUUGCACAUGGCACAGUCUGGAAGACUGCAUCUAGGGGGGCAGGUUAACACAGUUCUCGGUUCCUGAUGGGUCCCUGUAAUGCUGGGGGUGGUGAGUAUGUCACUAUGCAAGGGCCCUGUUACUGUUGGCUGUGCUCUCCUCUGGCUGACCCAGGGCCCACUCAGAUGGCAGCCUCUGGGUCCAGACCCUCUCUGCUUCUGGUUUUUCUGUUGGGGAUUUGUAGUUUCUUUCUCUGCCUCUUUCCCCCUCCUGCCCACUGCCCAGCUUUUGCAGCCAUGCACAUCAGUGUCAUUUGGGUAUUUUGGCAACUCAUGGGCCUGGGAAUGAUCCUGAACCUUUGUGUUCAUCCAGAACCCCUCAGCCCUACUGGUUUGAGGGUUGAAUCUCUCAGGUACCCAUAGAGCCACUUUUGCUUGUCAUGAUCUUAGGAGGCUCCCUCCCAAACUGAUAAAAAAGCUGCGAUCUGGCAUUUACCCCUGGUGUGUGUGGGGGUGCAUUUCCACCUGGCUUUGGGACCAUAUAUACCGGGGCACCUGAGCUCUACUGGGAGCCUUAGGAGAGGUGAACAAAUUUCUACUCACUCCCCUUUCACUCCCCACAUCACAUAAGACAGUGGCAUUCCUUCCUUUGUUUCUCCCUGGCAUUGGGGAGGGCAUAUUUCACUAGGGUCCAAGUAGAAGGAGCCAGGGCCUAGGGGCAUGUAGCUCCCUGGGGGAUCCAUCUGCCCAUUUUCUGAUGAAUAAAGUUAGAUUGAUA